AUGGAACAAUCUGAUUCAAGAUAUUUUUCUCAACGAGCCAAACAUAUUUCUCAACUAAACCAGCAACCUUCACCUGCAAUUGUUAAACGAACAUUGCCAGCAGCUUGUUUUCAAUUUUCUAAUCGAACUUAUGUACCAUCAUCUUCAUCAUCAGAUACUCAAGUGACUCCAGUGGGACGUGGCCAUGGUAAUGCAAUAGUAAAGGAUCAUUGUCAAAGUAUUAGUAAAGGUCGCGGUCGAACAACAGUGCCUUUAUCAUCAUUUAUAUUGCAAAAAGAUAAUCUUUCGCCGCCAAAAAACUCUACUACUAGUUCAAGGCCAAUGUUUGUUAUGCACGAUGAAGUACAAUUUGUUCGACCCUAUUUCGGACCACCCAGUAAUAAUGAUUUGCAAUCAUCAUCGAUAUCUCAUAAACGAGAAAUUCUUCUUUCAGCAUUGAAAGAAAUUGAAUCCGGUUUAAAAACGUUGUAA